CACUGUGUUUUACUGUUUUUUUUCGUUGCUUUUAUUUUUUUUUAUAAUUCGCAAAAAAAAGCUUUCUCUCUCUAGAAACUCACUUUCUCUCUCUUCUGCAACUGAUUCUCUCAGAUCAGAGCUCCUUACCUUCUCUCUCCGUGUCUCUCUCCAUUUUCGUUUCUCCGCCGCACUCUGUCGCCGCGAUUUUCGUCUCCGCCGCGCCGACGCGAGCUCGACGACGCUUGGAUCACCGGAAUCCGCGGAGUUACGCGAUCGAAUUGUUCUUCCGUGACCUAGGAGCUUUCUUUCAGCCUCGGAGCUAGCUUCGGAGUACGCUUCGAGCUGAGUUUGAGCUUCGGAGCUGUGUGGAGCAGUGUUCUGGUGCGGUGAGGUGCUCGAUGGAGCCGUGAAUCAUGAUGGAUUUGGUGCUGGAGCUGUUUCAGAUUGCGAAUUUGGGAGUUUAGUGAGGGUUUUUUGUUCGGAAUCUCCGUUCGAAUUGAUGAAUGGAAGGGUUCGGAAUGACUUCGGAUCUUAGCAGAACCGGUGCUGUAGAACGAGACAUUGAGCAGGCUAUUACUGCUUUAAAGAAAGGAGCUUACCUGCUCAAGUAUGGAAGAAGGGGGAAGCCCAAGUUUUGCCCAUUCCGGCUUUCCAAUGAUGAAUCUGUUUUGAUAUGGUUCUCAGGGAAAGAAGAGAAGCACCUUAAACUGAGCCAUGUGUCUAGAAUUAUAUCUGGACAACGCACGCCUAUCUUUCAAAGGUAUCCACGGCCUGAAAAGGAAUACCAGUCAUUUUCUCUUAUCUACAAUGAUAGGUCACUGGACUUGAUUUGCAAAGAUAAAGAUGAAGCUGAAGUUUGGUUUAGUGGUUUAAAAGCAUUAAUUUCACGUAGUCAUCACCGAAAAUGGAGGACAGAGUCAAGAAGUGAUGGUAUUCCAUCUGAAGCUAAUAGUCCUAGAACAUACACCAGAAGAAGUUCUCCCAUGAAUUCUCCAUUUGGUAGUAAUGAAAGCUUGCAAAAGGAUAGUGGGGAUCACCUUCGUCUUCACAGUCCUUAUGACAGCCCUCCUAAAAAUGGUUUAGAUAAAGCAUUAUCUGAUGUGAUGUUGUAUGCUGUCCCACCAAAGGGUUUCUUCCCUCCAGAUUCUGCAAGUGCUUCAGUCCACUCUGUGUCAUCUGGAGGAUCAGAUAGUAUGCAUGGUCACAUGAAGACAAUGGGUAUGGAUGCUUUUAGAGUUAGUCUAUCAAGUGCUGUUAGCUCAUCUAGCCAAGGUUCUGGUCAUGAUGAUGGCGAUGCUUUAGGGGAUGUUUUCAUUUGGGGGGAAGGUACAGGUGAUGGUGUUCUGGGCGGUGGGACUCAUCGAGUUGGGAGUUCUUUGGGUGUAAAAAUGGACUCUCUUUUUCCAAAAGCCUUGGAAUCUGCAGUAGUUCUUGAUGUACAGAAUAUUGCCUGCGGUGGACGACAUGCGGCCUUAGUGACCAAACAAGGUGAAAUUUUCUCUUGGGGGGAAGAAUCAGGAGGUAGGCUUGGGCAUGGUGUUGAUUCUGAUGUUCUCCAUCCAAAGCUUAUCGAAACUUUAAGCAAUACAAAUAUUGAACUUGUAGCUUGUGGGGAAUAUCAUACAUGUGCUGUGACGCUUUCUGGUGAUCUUUAUACAUGGGGUGAUGGCACAUACAAUUAUGGUCUUCUGGGGCAUGGUAAUCAAGUGAGCCACUGGGUCCCAAAAAGAGUAAAUGGCCCCCUGGAGGGCAUACAUGUUUCAUCUAUUUCUUGUGGACCGUGGCACACUGCUGUCGUAACCUCUGCUGGGCAAUUGUUUACUUUUGGUGAUGGUACAUUUGGUGUUUUGGGUCAUGGAGAUCGUAAAAGUGUUUCAUUACCUAGGGAAGUAGAGUCCCUCAAGGGUCUUCGUACUGUCCGGGCUGCUUGUGGUGUUUGGCAUACUGCUGCAGUUGUGGAAGUCAUGGUUGGAAAUUCUAGUUCCAGCAACUGCUCUUCAGGGAAGCUGUUCACUUGGGGUGAUGGAGACAAAGGUCGACUUGGGCAUGGUGAUAAGGAAGCAAAACUUGUUCCAACCUGUGUUGCAGCCCUGGUUGAACCCAAUUUCUGUCAGGUUGCUUGUGGACAUAGUCUGACUGUUGCGCUUACCACCUCUGGGCAUGUCUAUACAAUGGGUAGUCCUGUCUAUGGUCAGUUGGGAAAUCCUCAAGCUGAUGGUAAGCUACCAAGCCGUGUUGAAGGAAAGCUUUCAAAGAGUUUUGUGGAGGAGAUUGCUUGUGGUGCAUAUCAUGUUGCAGUUUUAACUUCAAGGACAGAAGUUUACACAUGGGGUAAGGGUGCAAAUGGUCGUUUAGGCCAUGGGGAUACAGAUGACAGAAAUGUCCCAACAUUAGUAGAAGCAUUGAAAGACAAACAGGUCAAAAGUGUUGCUUGUGGUACUAAUUUCACUGCAGCUAUCUGUCUACAUAAGUGGGUAUCUGGUGUUGACCAGUCUAUGUGUUCUGGUUGUCGUCUUCCAUUUAAUUUCAAAAGAAAACGUCACAAUUGUUAUAAUUGUGGACUUGUUUUCUGUCAUUCAUGUAGCAGUAAGAAAUCUCUUAAGGCUUCAAUGGCACCAAACCCCAACAAACCUUAUCGCGUCUGUGACAACUGUUUUAAUAAACUAAGGAAAUCUAUGGAAACUGAUUCUUCAUCCCAUUCUUCUGUGAGCAGAAGAGGAAGUAUCGUUCCAGGGUCACUUGAGUUAAUUGAUAAGGAUGAUAAAAUGGAUUCAAGAUCUCGUAGUCAACUUGCUAGGUUUUCUUCAAUGGAGUCCUUGAAGCAAGUGGAUAGUAGAUCUUCUAAAAAAAACAAGAAGUUGGAAUUCAACAGUAGUCGCGUCUCUCCUGUUCCAAAUGGGGGUUCACAAUGGGGAGCACUGAAUAUUUCUAAAUCUUUUAAUCCUGUUUUUGGAUCAUCAAAGAAGUUCUUCUCAGCAUCUGUUCCUGGAUCUAGAAUUGUUUCCCGAGCAACAUCUCCAAUAUCUAGACGACCUAGUCCACCACGUUCAACUACUCCAACUCCAACUCUGGGAGGUCUUACUUCCCCAAAGAUAGUUGUGGAUGAUGCUAAGAGGACCAAUGAUAGCCUCAGUCAGGAGGUUAUUAAAUUAAGACAGCAGGUGGAAAACCUGACUAGGAAAGCGCAACUUCAAGAAGUUGAGUUGGAAAGGACAACCAAACAGCUAAAAGAUGCUAUAGCAAUUGCUGGAGAGGAAACUGCGAAGUGCAAAGCAGCAAAGGAAGUGAUCAAAUCUCUUACCGCUCAGUUGAAGGACAUGGCUGAGAGGCUACCUGUAGGAGCAGCUAGGAAUGUCAAAUCGCCUUCUCUUGCUUCCAUUGGUUCCAAUGAGCUUAGCUAUGCUUCCAUUGAUCGAUUGAAUCUUCAAGCAACAAGCCCAGAAGCAGAUUUAACUGGAUCAAAUAAUCAGUUGCUUUCAAAUGGAUCCAGCACUGCCAGCAACCGUAGUAGUGCUGGUCACAAUAAACAGAACCAGUCAGAGGUAACUAACAAAAAUGGGAGCAGAACAAAGGAGAGCGAAUCCCGGAGUGAGAAUGAAUGGGUUGAGCAAGAUGAACCUGGUGUAUAUAUUACACUCACCUCCCUUCCUGGAGGCGUAAUAGAUCUUAAGAGAGUUCGCUUCAGUCGAAAGCGGUUCAGCGAGAAACAAGCAGAACAAUGGUGGGCUGAGAAUCGUGCAAGAGUAUAUGAGCAAUACAACGUUCGCAUGAUUGACAAGUCCAGCGUUGGUGUUGGGAGUGAAGACCUGGCUCACUGAUGUGACAACUUGUAAAUGACUUUUUUUUACGUUGACUGGAAUUGCAGCAAAAGCUCAUACUGAUCAAUUGCAUUCGGCUUCCAUCAAAUAUAAUGCCUUGAAGGGAGCUGGGGUUUGGCAUAGUAGGAGAGAGUAGGGAAUGAUUGUGAUUUUGUAAUUUUUUUCCUUUAACCUGCUUUCCAUUUUUUUCCCUAUAUGUUUACCUUGUGUGGGGGGUGUUGAGGGUGAGAAAUGUAAAUUCUUGGUAGGUUGCAGUCUCGAUUGAGAGUAGCUGCAGUGUAAAUUUCAUAAGUGAAUGCAUUUGCAAAUUUUUCUUCUACAUACACACGGUUAUAAAUUCCUCCAGCCAUGGAAGGAAUGGCUCUAAGUAGUUGACAUAGAUAGCCCUCGGAGCAAAUGCUUUGUUGAAA